CCGCUGCAUAGGCUGCUGGUGGUGCGGGUGGUGCGAAUGCGGGUGCAGGCGCUGCCUGUGGUGCUGGCGGGGUCGGUGAAGGGAAGAGCAUGGCCGGCGGCCCUUAGCCCCCUCGGCGGAGCGACGAAGCCCUCGGCAGCGGGGCGCUCGCCUCCGAUGACUGUUGCUGGGGUGCGGGUGGUAGUUGGAUGACGCUGGCCUUCCUGGGCACCUCACGCGGCGACACCGGGGGGCAGCUCGACCGGCCUGACACACACGAGAGAGAAACAGCGGUAGAGAGACGGUUCAUGGGAUGGCGGUCUGGAUGAGUGUGCGUGUCUGUGUCUGACUUACUCAAAGCCUUCGAUUUCUUGCUGUGGGUCCAGUGUGGGAUGGGUAGUUGUUGGGGAGCUCCUCUCGGGGGUGCUCCACCUGCACCUGAGGAUGGCAGGGCCGGCGCGGCAGCUCCCUCAGCCACCUCCUUGCCCUCCUGGAUGAUGAUCUGUUCCUGCUGCUGCGCCGCCUUCUUCUGCUGCUUGUGUGCGAGUGGGGGGAGGAACUCCUGGUCUGCGGCCUGCACAGCGCGGUACUUGUCGCGGUGCUUGAGGAGGGAGUAGAGGGCGACCUUGAGGGAGGCGAUGGUGUCGGAGCGGGGCCGUAUCUUGUGCAGGAUCUUGGGGCUGCGGUGGCCCCGCAUCAACACGUCGGUACUGCAGGUCCUCGUGCCACACCACACCCAGCUGGUUCUCGCGAGAGGGAUGGGGGGAGGAGGUGACGGUGACGUCGAACCGACGCCGGAGGGACCCAUCGUCGUCCUCCUCGCGGAGGGCCACACGCCCCUUGGCCUCGCGCAGGAUGACACGGGCGCACUUGCUCAGCAACGGCGGGUCCAACAUGCGCACCGCCCCUCCUCUGAUCGACACGAAAGACACGGGAGUGAGAAGCUUGUUUGUGUGCGGUGUUCGUUUCCCCAUCGCUGUGUGGUGUGCGUACCGUCAUGGCUCUCGUCGGCGCUUUCGUCGCCCUCGUUGGCGACGUCCUUCUUGCUACCCUGCCCCACACACACGCUGCAUACACAGACACAGACCGGCACCCAUCAGAUCAGAUCGUCAUUGUCCCGUCUCGCCCUCCCUCCCUCCCUCCCUCCCACGUGUGCCUUACGUGUCCGUCUGAUUGAAUUCUCGUUAUCGCUAUCCCUGGUCUCGAUGCGCAUUCCCCCCUGCACCUCCUUGCUGCCCGCGCCGCUUUGGCCCUUCCACGCAUCGCUCCGGCACGCCCCCAACGCCAGAGGCUCAGAGGGAUGGUACUCGGCCGGCAGAGAGGCAGAUGGGGGCUUGGCGGCCUCGAACCAAGACGAAGACGCCGCCGCUGCGGCAGCGGACUGCUCACAUGAGCCUGAGGAAGGAAAUGACACAAGAAGGAAAUGACACAAAAACGGGAUGCCAAUACAUUCACUUAUCAUGUGUGUCUCCUUGUUGCCUCUCUCACCGGCAGCAGCAGCAGCAGGAGCGUCUUUGUCCUCCUUGCGCGGCUUGUCCCCUCCCCGUUCCUUGGCGCUGCCAGCACUCCUGGCCUUCUUGGACGCAAGGCCGUCCGAACCGCUGCACGACGGGACCCCGCCCUCCCCACUUGGCUCGCCGUCCUCAGCCUUGGUCUGGGGGGUGCGGUGGGAGGCGACUGUGAGGGUGAGUGCUCGUGUGGUCGUUUGGCGGCCUUUUUCUUGCCCUAGGGGAUGAAGCGCUGCGAUGGGUCGUCGGCGUCGGAGUCGGGGCUCCAUUCCAUGGGGGAAUGGGAUGAUGAGCCAGCUGCUGUCGUCGCCCUUGGAGAAGAACCAGUGGUCGGUCUUCUCACAGUACGACCACCUGCAGCACCCACACAACACACCAUGAGACGAGAGCCAGCAUUCAUCCAUGUGUGUGUCGGCUGUGCAUAUCCCAUCCUGUGUCUGCUGCCCACCUAAGCUGCUCUCCCUCCUUGAUGGUUUUGACGGGCGUGAUGGCAACUACAGGUGUCUGGGCACCCACACACUCGCGCACUUGACCCUGGGCCCCCACUCGGGUGCACUGGCGUCGAUGGUGCCGUGGUUGAUGGACACCGCUGGCAGCCAGACGUGAGCAGAUGCUGUCGCCGAACAGCACCGGGUUGGCCCCCGCCCUCGCCCCGGCGGCUUGUCCCGCCUGUCCUGCUCCUCCUGGCCGAAUGUGGGCUUGUGUGACGGCUUGCUGGAGCCGUCGCGGUGUUCAGACCCGUUCGACACGAGGCUCAGGUGUCCCAGCCAGUCGAGGUUGGCGAUCUCGGCGCUGCAUGGGAUGGACAUGCUGAAGCACUUGUCCCGCUCGGCCUUGAGGUCGACAUAGGGCAGCAGGAGGCAUCCUGCUGCGGACCUCCUCGGUGUACUGGGCCGAGCUGCUGUUGGGGACUGACGGGCCAGUCCAGGAGGUCCCGCCGCGCGACGAUCUUCUUCUUCUCCUUGCUUGGACGGUGUGUGGGGGGUAGGGCCGGGUGCCCGGCUCCAGCUGCCAGAUGUGGCCUUGCAUGCGCUGGUAGUUCCAGUUGGAAGAUGAUCUGCUCGUCGGUCUCGAGACGCGCGGCGCGGUAGGACGUCCAGCAGGAAGGAGAGGGACAGGUAGGCCGGCGCAGUAAAAUGGUCGACUUGAAGAGGUCAUGGUCCUCAUCCAAACCUACGCAAGAGCCACACACCGAAGGGAAAGGUGCAUGUGAUGUGUAAGCUGAGGUCUCUCUCCCUGUGCGUGUGUGUGUGUGUGUGGUUGCUUUGCUUACCGACGGGUAUCAUUUCAUCGUCGACCUCUACGUUGACCUGGUUCUCCCCUCCCGCCUCUUCCUCAGCUGGACACACACGCGGCCCCGGAUAUGCUGGCACAAAUGCCGCCCUCCCACCCAUCCCACCCUCAGAUACACACAACCCCGCCCCACAACGCAGUCCACGAAGCAGGCAUGGCACUAUCACGACACAAAUGGAGGAAAUCAUGGCCGUAAAUCACACUAAACGCACCCAUUCUCGCAGCCAUCCAGCACCGUAGUGGGACAAGUACAUGUAAUCAAAUGCAUGUAGCAAGACCAGGAAACGCAACGAGGUGUGUGCGCUGACGCCACCCUGCUGAGGAGAGAAAGGACGCUAGAAGGAAGACGCUCACAAAAAAUACGUCGUGUGUCGGUCUGUCUGUCUGUGUGGGAGGCCUGGGGGGAAAAGAGCGAUUUGCCUCCAAUUCCCGCCUGCCCGCCUCCGUCCCUGGCCCGGUCGGCCUACAGCACAUCCAUGCAUCCAUCCAUCCAUCCACCCGACCAAACAUCGACAACACUGCAGGCAGCCGGCAAGCCUGCAACUAGCUCAACCAUUGAAGCACCUCUGACCCACCCUGUCUGUCGGUGUUUGUACGUCCGUGCCAUUUAUGCUCUCACGAAGAGGCCGGCACGGACGUACGCGUGAAUGUGAAGUGCGUGUGCGUGUGCGUAUGUGUGUGUGUGGAUUGGGGGUCGUCGGUGCAGUGCAUCUAUCUCCCUCCUCCUCUCUCAAGAAACCCAGCUACGCAUCCAUAUCCA